CUCCUUAACGAACAUCCGACAUAGACAACAAAUGGGGAAAAGCUUGAAACGGAGAUAUAUAGGGAAAAACUGUCCUCACACAGGCCACUGAAGAGAGAGAAAGUGUUAGUGGUUACAACACAGUGGCCAUGAGAGAGAGGGACUACGAGAAAAGUAGAGAGAGAAAAUAGUACACAACAUUGUAAUGGUGUAAGAGCGUUCAGCUGACGUGAUUUCCGGCCAAACCUGGAGCUCACGUCCCACCAAUCAUCUCUGCUCGCCUCGCCGCUCUCCUUCAUCAUAGCCCACCACUUUACCGUGUGAAUAUUCCACUCUCACUCUACAACAAAAUACCCCCCCCCCCCCUCCCUCUCUCUCUAACCUCUUCUCAUGUGGAGGGAGAUCUUAGAUAGAGAAAGAAUCUGGGUUUUCUGAGUGCAAAAAUGGGGAGGGGCAAAGUGGAACUGAAGAGGAUCGAAAAGCCCAACACCAGACAGGUGACCUUCACAAAGAGGCGCAAUGGUUUGCUGAAAAAGGCCUUUGAGCUAUCGCUCCUCUGCGAUGCCGAUGUCGCCCUCAUCGUCUUCUCAUCAACUGGUCGCCUCUCUGAGUACUCUAGCCAGGACAUCAAUAGAAUUAUUUCAAAGUAUCACAACAACAAAGGAACCGUCGACGUGUGUGAUCAGCGUAGAACAGUGGAGCUAUGGAGAGAGGAAGUGGACAAGUUGAAAGAAAUAGUUCACACGUUGGAGUGCAAAAAGAAGCAUUUGCUUGGGGAAGAUUUGAUGUCCCUAGGCAUGAAGGAGUUGAAGCAGCUCGAGAAACAGUUAAAGACUGGCGAGGAUCGAAUUCGUCUAAGAAAGCGGCAAGUACUUUCUGAGCACGCGUGCCUUUUAAAAAGAGAGCACAAAGCUCUAUAUAAUGAGAAUAUGCAUCUUCAAAGAAAGCUGGUGGAGGUUGACAAAGAUCUUAAAGACUUGGAGCUGGGAAUGCUGAUCAACCUUCCAUGACUAGACCAUGGAGAUAUCCAAUCUGAUUUGAUUUGAGGUUACUUGACUCUCUACAAUCGUUUUAAGUUAACGUACUCCCUGGAUUGGAGUGUGAAGAUAAGAAACAAGCUCUAUCUAUUUUAGCAAACACUAACAAAAAUUUAGUUACUCUUUAGGGGAGGGGACUUUGUGUACCUCUAUCAUCUAAGGUGUGUUGAGGAUGAAGUCUCUUCUGCACAACAAGAGCUGUCAUGCUCAUGAUAUGGGCUAAAAGAUAGUUCAAAUUAAAAAAAUUAAAGCUUGAAUCC